AUGGCGGUAUCAGAGCAUGUAGUCAGCGCGGUCCUAGUAAGGGAAGAAGGAAGGAAACAUCAUCCUAUAUACUACGUGAGCAAAUUUCUACUAGACGCGGAGACCCGCUAUAGUCACCUUGAAAAGUUAACCCUCGCCUUGGUUAACGCUGCUCGAAAGUUACGCCCCUAUUUCCAGGCUCAUCAAAUCGUGGUGGUCACCUCAUUCCCCAUCAAAGCAGUCCUUCAUAAGCCAGAAGUGUCUGGACGACUAGCAAAAUGGGCUAUAGAGCUGGGGGAGUACGACGUGAUCUUCCGGCCUGCAACAGCCAUCAAAUCGCAAAUCCUAGCAGAUUUCAUAGCCGAAUUCUCUCCUGCCAUGCUUGCAGCCUUGGAACAAGAGGUAAAGCUUCGUGAUAGCGAAGGAGAGAAAGGUGAAUGGACACUAUACGUUGAUGGGUCUAGUAAUGUAAGGGGCGCAUGCGUGGGACUAGUCCUAAUUUCCCCUACGGGGGAAUUAGCCUCAAGUGUCGUACGAUGCAACUUCAAAGAAUCGAAUAACGAAGAUGUAUACGAAGCUCUAAUAGCAGGGUUGACACUCGCCAAACAGAUGGGAGUAGAAGACAUCCAGGUCUUCAGCGACUCACAACUGAUCAUAAGCCAAGUCCAAGGAGACUACCAGGCGAAAGAUCCGAGUAUGUUCAGGUAUUUAUCCGUUGCUAAGCGAUUACUCGAUAGGUUCCAACACUGUAAGCUCACCCAGAUCCCUAGGGAGCAUAACUCCCAGGCCGACGCUCUAGCUAAUCUAGGAUCCGCCCUAGAAACUACGAGUCAUAUGAGCAUGCCACUACUGGUACUCCAAUGGCCCGCAACCGAAAAGGAGACGGAGCCUGAAGAAGUAUCCAUGGUAGACGAAGGAGAGACCUGGAUGACUCCCAUCAUUAACUAUCUAAGGUACGACACCUUGCCUGAAGAUCGAGACGAAAGUCGAAAGAUAAGGCGCCAAGCUGCAAGGUAUUGCUUUUCCAAGGGGAAACUAUAUUGGAGAUCCUUCUCAGGACCCUAUCUACGAUGUCUUACCCCUAGAGAAGCCGCCAGGAUACUAGAAGAGCUUCACGAAGGAGAGUGUGGUUCCCAUUCUAGUGGUCGGAGCCUGUGGGGCAUGGACAUCAUGGGGAAAUUCCCUAUGGCACCGGGGAAAAAGAUCUUUCUCCUAGUCGUGACCGAUUAUUUCACGAAGUGGGUAGAAGCUGAAGAACUAGCCAAGAUAACGGAUCUCCAGAUCAGGAAUUCCUAUGGUCUAACGUGA